GGUUAAGAAGCACAGCCACAUAACCAAGAUUUUUGUUUAUCUACGUUCAUCACUACUCAUCAUCACUACCACCACCCCUCUUUCCUUUCCCUAAUCUCAUCCUCUCUCUAAACACAUGGAGAACGAUUAUUCUUUUUUCUCAAAACCCUAACCCUAACCCUGUUCAUCAAGAUUUAGAAUUGUUAAAAUCCUUUGAUGUUUCAGCCAUGGAUUUAAGCAAUUCUACUGCAACAGCCACUGUUAAGACACCGGAAGCUGAGAAUGAGACGCCCACUCGGAUCCAGACCACAAAUUCAAAGCCUUUGUCUCUAACCAACGGCGUGCUGAAGAGACCCCCGCCGCUGCAACUUUAUCCGGGGAAUUUCAACAACCACCACCCGGUGGUGGUGAACUACAAAGAAUGUUUGAAGAACCACGCCGCGAGCAUGGGUGGCCACGCUGUGGAUGGUUGUGGAGAGUUUAUGCCGGCUCCUACUGCGAAUCCAUCAGAGCCCACUUCGUUGAAAUGCGCCGCGUGUGGAUGUCACCGGAAUUUCCACCGCCGUGAGCCGGAAGAUCCACUUCCACCUAACGCCACACCUGCUCUUGAGUUCCAGCCGCACCACCGUCACCAUCCUCCGCCGCCGCCGCUGGCGAAUCGUGGGAACUGCAGCAGCCCAAAUUCACCUUCCCCACCGCCGAUCUCUUCAUCUUACUACCCCUCAGCACCUCACAUGUUGCUGGCCCUCAGCCAUGGCCCGUCUGGUCCACCGCCUGACAGCAACACACCAAUUUCCACCACUCCCAACUCCACAUCAGCACCUCUGUCAUCAAAUCCUAAUGGCAGAAAGCGUUUCAGAACAAGAUUCACACAAGAUCAAAAGGAAAAAAUGCUCCAGUUCGCCGAACGAGUUGGCUGGAAAAUGCAGAAAAGAGAUGAAGAUGCGAUCACUGAAUUCUGCACUGAAAUUGGGGUCGAUAAAGGGGUAUUCAAAGUGUGGAUGCAUAACAACAAGACCACUUUUGGAAAAAGAGAUCAGCACAUAGCUAACAGUGUCAUCUCCCCCACUGCUCCGGCCACCAACAAUGGAAACGGCAAUGGUAUUAGCUAUGGUACUAUAAGCAGUAGAAAUAACACAUUCGACACAGCCGCCGCCACCACUUCCGUCCAAUAUCACCACCACCAGGACAGCAACAAUGACUGCAAAAUUAACAUCGGUGGUCAAGAUUUGAGUCAGCACCACCUUCAUGAUAACAAUGGCAACAGUCCUCAUGUUCUUGGUACUAAUGGGUCAUCUUCUUCUUCCUAAUAAGUGUUAGCCAGAAAGGGGGGGAAAAUCGAGUCCUAGUUCUUUAGAAUUUUAAUCUCUUCUUCUACUUAGAUUUUUAAUCUUUGUUUAAUUAGUUAUUAAUAUCAUUAGAUGAUCAAGUUUCUGAGAAUCUUAAUGAAGAAAUUAUUGCAUGCAUUCAGAAGCAAAAAAAAUGAUCUUUAAAUA